AUGGAUGUUUCUGAAACAAACUUACAUGUAUCGUGCAGGUUUUAUGUUGCUGAAGUCCUUCUUGCUUUGGAGUACUUGCACAUGCUUGGAGUUGUUUACCGUGAUUUGAAACCGGAAAACAUUCUUGUUCGGGAAGAUGGCCACAUUAUGCUCACAGAUUUUGAUCUGUCCCUGAGGUGUGCUGUUAACCCAACACUGUUGAAAUCCUCUUCUGAUGUGGACCCUGCAAAAAUUUCUGGUUUAAGUGUGCAAUCAAGUUGCAUUGAACCAUUCUGCAUUGAGCCAUCUUGUCAAGUUCCAUGCUUCAGCCCAAGAUUCCUACCUGCCGCUGCGAAAACAAGGAAAUUGAAGGUUGAUCCUUCUGCCCAUGUCAGAUCAUUGCCACAGCUGGUGGCCGAGCCCACUGAUGCAAGAUCAAAUUCAUUUGUUGGUACACAUGAAUACUUGGCUCCCGAGAUCAUCAAAGAAGAGGGACAUGGAGCUGCAGUUGACUGGUGGACAUUUGGUGUUUUUCUCUAUGAACUUUUGUAUGGUAGAACUCCCUUUAAAGGUUCUAACAAUGAAGAAACAUUGGCCAACGUAGUGUUGCAGAGUCUUAGAUUCCCUGACCACCCAUUUGUUAGUUUCCAAGCAAAGGAUCUGAUUAGAGGGUUGUUGGUUAAGGACCCUGAAAACCGUUUGGGUUCAGAGAAAGGGGCAGCUGAGAUUAAACAGCAUCCCUUCUUUGAGGGCCUUAACUGGGCCUUAAUUCGUUGCGCUGUCCCUCCGGAACUUCCAGACUAUUAUGAUUUUGGAGUUUCAGACAUGAUGAACUCACAGGUCAAGGGUGCUAAGUACUUAGAGUGUAAAGUAGGAGAGCGUGUAGAAUUCGAGUUGUUUUAA